AUGGUUAGUGGUGUUGGGCUUACUGGUGGCAGGUCUACUCAGAUCAAUUCAGCAACAUUGCUUUGUGUUUGGGAGCUUCUUGUGAAUCAAUUGGGGCCUUUAACUAAGCAACAAUUGGUCGGCAUUUACAACUUGCAGCAGCCAUCCAAGCAGACUGAAGAUGCUCUGUCACAAGGCAUGAAGGCAUUGCAACAACCCAUGGCUGAGACAUUGGCCAAUGGCUCACCUAGCUCAUCAGGAUCAUCUAAGAAUGUGGCAAACUAUAUAGUUCAAAUGGCCAUGGACAUAGAAAACCUUGGAACACUUGAGGGAUUCCUUCGCCAGGUGAAAGUAAUAUUGCAUCAUGAAAGGGUUCAAUUGAUAGCUGUUGUGGCUUUUGAUUCCAGUGAUAAAUCAAAAGAGAAAUCGGGGGAUCAAAAGGCAUAUGUGCAACAACUUGAGAGUAGCCGCCUAAAGCUAAAUCAACUAGAACAAGAGCUCCAGUGA